AUGUCCUCGCGCCAACAGGUUCUUGAGCAGCUGGACCUUACGGUGAAGGAUGACCCGAUCUUUGAGAGCAUCUGGGAUGCCAUCUUGAAGGGCCAAGAUGUCUCAGUCCGCUGUCCGGAAGCUUGGUGGUCCGAAGCAGCCGUGUUGCCUGCUCUGGUUCGAUGGAAGGAACCAGGCAGCGUGCACAAGAACCUGGUGUUCGAGGCAGCAGAGGCCAAGAGCGAGCACUGGAAGCAGGCCAUCAACUGGAGCCAGGCCCUUGGGAGCUCGAGCACAUCGCUUCCGAGGCUGUCAACUGCCAUGGAUGAUCCUGGCCUCGCAGGUGACCACUCCGACAGCAUCUUCCUCGUGAUACUUCACUCCAAGGACCAAGAUGCCGGUCACGCCGACGCCUUGCGGGAGAGCUUACAAAGGCUUCCCCCGCCAUCACAAGUAGUGUGGGUGGUGGAUGAAUGGAAUGAUGGUUUGAGGCAGCUUGCCAGCGAAGUGCUGGAUGAUCCGGUCCACUUUGACGUCGAGCCUGGCAUGGUUCAGAGGCCAGAAGCUUCUGUGGAGCAAAGCAACAAGGAGGAAGCUGAUGCAGCUGCCCUUGCUUCCUACAUGGCCAACAUCAUCUGCCGCUCACAGGACAGGGAGCUCCGUGCGGCCGUGCGCGCGAUGUUGCCCAAGGUGUCGUUGCGCAAGCGCAAGGCAGGCAGCCAAGAUCGUCAAGGCACCCAAACUGGAGAUCAAGCGACCUUCCAUCGCUUGGAGCCGAAGGCGAACCUGGUUUUGAUGAGCAUGAGGAUGCAGAAUUGCGGGCUGGGAUUGCGGCAUUGCUUGUUCGCCACCACGAGCUUGUUCGCCAGCAGCCGCGAGGCAGUAGCAGUCGAUCUACGGCCAAGACAGAAAGCCUGCCGGCUGAGCUGCGAUGCAAUCCCGGCAGCGACUCUGAGUGUACAGAUGAGUCUGAGGUUCGAUGGAAUCCGCACGUGGCAAGGAAUGCGAUUUCGCGGGGACAGGAGUCAGUUGAUGGAAGACUUUUUCGCGACUAGCCGCACUUCAUGCUGUCAUCUCUCUGCUCAGCAGGAACAGGUGGCUGUGCUUAGGAAAAACUGUCAAGUUCAGAUGGCGCCCUGGCUUCUGAGCGCUUUGCUUCUGGUCAGUGAGCAACUCCUCGCUGCUUCCAUCCGAGCAGAGCUUCACGUCCACUUAGAUGGUUCCAUGAACUUUGAGACGCUGCUGGCGAUCUGCAAGAACAGAGGGGUCGAGCUACCUGGUAUCGGUAUUCCAAUGAGCACCCAGGACAUACAGGCAUUCAUGGGGACUUUCAGUGGCUGGCACCGAUUUGAUGCUGUGAACAACAUCAUCGGUGGCAGCGUCUCUUCCAUCCAGGCGGCUGCAGAAGCUUUCGUGAAGUUUCAAGCGGAGUCUGGUGUUUUCUAUACUGAGGUUCGCUAUGACCCUGUGCGCCUUGCUAGGAGCGAUCUUGACAACUCCUCCAUAACAGAGGAGCAGGCAGUCAAAGCUGUGCAGGACGGCUUAGCUGCUGGCUCAGUCAGACAUGGGGUAGUCGUGUAUCAACUUCUUUGUGCGAUGAGAGGGGCAAGCUCGCAUCGAUGCUUUCAAACUGCAGAGCUUGCAGCUAAACUCGCAGACAAGGCGAUGGGAGGUGUUGUUGGAUUAGACCUCGCAGGCGACGAGACCGAUUUCCCUAAUCGGGCCUACAUCGAUUGCUUCAAGCAUGCGAAAGCCCUAGGACUCAAAACGACCGUGCAUGCUGGUGAGUUCAACAAGACUAUGGGUGAUGAUGUACGCACAGCUAUCUUUGAAAUGGCUGCCGACCGCAUCGGUCAUGGUUAUGCAGCAGCAUUUGACGAACAGAUUCUUCAGGCAUUGAAGUUGCGAAAGGUGCAUGUCGAAGCUUGUCCCAAAAGCGCGCUGCUGCAUGGAGCUUGGGCAUUAAAUGCCAUCCGCAGCUUCCGACAGCAUGGCCUGAACUUCGGCUUGAACACCGAUGAUCCAGCAAGCUCGUUUUCGAAUACCAGUGCUGCACAAGAUGAAAGCAUUGUAACAGGAAAGCUUGAUUUCUCGCCCGAAGAUGUGCGUUCAGCUUACAUCAAUGCCUACGACGCUCGAUUUGGUGAUCUGAGGGAGUCAGUCUUUGUGUAUGCAUAG